GGGCAGAGCGAGGUAGGGGGAGGUCGCUUUAUGCUCAACUGGUGUCACGCUGCUUCUCUUUUCCAGUAAGCAACGCGAGCGCUGUCAGAGGUCAUCCGGAAUGGCGGACUACAAGUCCCGGCAUGCCCCGCGUGGUUUCCGGAACGCCCUGAGGCCGUAGUAGGUGCGGGCCGCGUGAAUGGAGCGCCGGGUUUAAAGCACAGCUUGGCACUGUCCGCACCGCUGGUACCUGCUUCUCGGAGCGUGAGUGCGGGCCGCGAGCCGUGCGCCUGCGCGCUCAGGGGAAGGACGCCAGGUCGACGCAACCGCCUGCGGCUGACUCGUGGCUGCUUAAGUUGGCGGCGGCGCCGCGCGCCGGACGGGUCGGUAGUUGCUGGGCCUCCCGCCUAACGUCCCAGGGGCUGCGGGCAGCCGUGGCGGCCGCCGGGGACCGCAAGGGGCGGAGGAAGGGAGGAGGCCGGCCCCGGCUCGCGGACGAUCCGCCGAACAUGCCCCGAGACAACAUGGCUUCCUUAAUCCAGCGGAUAGCCCGCCAGGCUUGCCUCACCUUCCGGGGCAACGGGGGCGGCCGCAGCGCUUCCGACCGCGGCGCGGCGUCGGGUGCCGAGGCGCCGAUGCCUCCCGGUUUCCCGGAGAACCUGAGCAAGCUUAAGAGCCUGCUGACCCAGGUCCGCGCCGAAGACCUCAACAUCGCCCCGCGCAAGGCCACGCUGCAGCCCCUGCCGCUCAUUCACCCACCGGUCACCUACAUGCACAUCUACGAGACCGACGGCUUCAGCCUCGGCGUGUUCCUGCUCAAGAGCGGCACCUCCAUCCCGCUGCACGACCACCCGGGCAUGCACGGCAUGCUCAAGGUGCUCUAUGGCACCGUGCGCAUCAGCUGCAUGGACCUGCUGGACGCGGGCGGCGGGCAGCGGCCGCGGGCUCCGCCGCCCGAGCAGCAGUUCGAGCCACCGCUGCAAGCCAAAGAGCGAGAGGCCGCGCGGCCGGGAGUCCUGCGCUCCCAGGGCGAGUACACCGAGGCCAGCGGUCCCUGCGUCCUCACGCCGUACCGGGACAACCUACACCAGAUCGACGCGGUAGACGGGCCCGCCGCCUUCCUGGACAUCCUGGCCCCGCCCUACGACCCAGAGGAUGGCCGUGACUGCCACUAUUACCGGGUGCUGGAGCCCAUCAGGCCCAAAGGGGCCUCCGGCUCGACCAGUGACCUGCCUCGAGAAGUGUGGCUCCUUGAGACCCCGCAGGCUGAUGACUUCUGGUGCGAAGGAGAGCCCUAUCCAGGUCCUAAGGUCCUGCCCUGAAGCCACCAGCCCCUGGGAGCGGUGGGCUGAAGUGUGUCCUGCAUCUGAUCAGGGCCUGGCUGCCCACUACCCCGCCACAAGGGCUCUUCUCUACUCUAUCUAGUGCACGCUCUCUGUCGCUUUCCCUCCCUUCCCCCCCUCCCGCGUCCUUCCCCUCCCCACACCCUCUCCUUCCUUCCUGCUUUCUGCCCUCUAGCCUGGGUGUUGGAUCUUACUGAAAGGACCGAGGUAGCGCUUCCUCAGCAGCCCCUGGAAGCUAGAAUGACUGGACUGCAGCCUUCAGGCACGGUUAUAGGGGUAGGGUGGGCAGGGGCAGGAGGCAAAGUUGUUUUUGGUUCUGUCAGCUGCCAUCAAGGCUCUGGUUGGGAGAGUGGGGGAGGAAUUGGCCAAGGACCUCUGCCAAGCGCUUCCAUCUUAAGCCAUAAUGAAAAUUUUCUUCCUCUGUUGUCCACACUAUAUCAAUACACUAAGUGGUGCCCCCCCCCACCUUUCAAUGAGUAGAGAUUGUUUUAUUCUCCCUGCCCUUUCGUCCUUUCCGCCCUUACCGUUUUAACUUAUUACUGACUGCAUGACCCAGUAGUUUGGAUUGUUCUAGUUCAAUUCACUGGUUAAAAACUGGGCUGCAAUAUGAGCUUUUUUUUUUUUAAGUGAUACAUCCUCACCAUCCUAAUUCCCUAUGAAAAUUAAGUCAUCUUUUCAGUUGUGGGUUUAACCCCAAGACUUAACUAUGCAUGUCAAGGACAAGAUUUAUAAUUUUUCCUCCUCUUACCCUGUAACAUCUGGUUACUUGGGCAGCGUCUACUAAGAAACUCACACCUUCCUAUUUCAGUGGGAGCUGAUUCCUUACAGCUUAUCUUCUGCAGGAGACUGGAGUCCAAAUCUACCAGUUGAAAUUUUCCCCACCCAUACCCCCUUUGGUUGUAGAUUCACCUUUAAUGCAAAAACUAUUAUCCUCAAGUCUUAUUUUCCUCGUCUUAAUAUACUUUAAGAGGUGAUAGGGUCAUUUUCUAUUUUCUAACCAGAAGAUUCAGAAGAGCUGAAUCUGCUAUGCUUCCAAAUAACUGAAUGUAAGACUCUCAUAGCCAGGCUGUUGAAUUCUAUGUCUGCUACUUCCAAUACUUCCAAUAUGUUGAUGGCUAUUUUGUGUUUUUCAAGAACUCCAGUGUUCAGGGGGCUGUGGUUCCAGCUGAAUUGCUAGUGAUUUUUAUCUCAGCUUAUCAAAGAGAACUAGUGCUGGCUCCAAUGACAAGUUUUCAAUAGUUACAGGUAAUCUAGGCCAGAAUAUUGAGAAUUAACCACUAGCCAUUUUAGCUCCAAAAUUUGGGAUUAAACAUUUCCCACUUUGAACUCUUGGAAUGAACAGUUGUGCUAUCUAUACUUUGUUUUAUUUCUGUCCUUUCAAUGGGCUGAGCAACUUUACCUUGUUUACAAGUGUAUUAACACCAUUUGCUUCAGGCUAUGGAGCACUGUUCCCCCUUUUUACUAUUUAUAGGAUUUGUUUUUUCACAAAACUUUUCAUGAGAACAAACUGUAGAAAUAAACACAUUAAAAUUUGCCCAGCUGUUGUCUAAGCCCUCUUGAUUGACUUGCCCUGGUGGCAGUAGUUGUAAUAUUUGUAAAAGGGAGAUUCAUGAUUACUGAUGGAAAGUGUUGACUCUCUGGGGAGCCAGUAUGCACUUUGCCUCACACCACCUUUUGGAGAGCAGAGUUUGGGAAUGUUUAUUCCAUUUUUAAUAGAUGAAGGAGCAAACUCAUGGUGAAUGAUCUUUAAAAAAAAAAAUCUUACUCCACAUAACAUGCUACUAAACCCUGUUGUAACUCAUAACACAGCUAUGAUUCCAGCCAUUUUGUCCAGGAUUUCGAAAGGUUUCACGUUGUGUAGUUUAAAAUGCUUGGAGACCAUGUGAAGCAGCUCAGCAUGCCACUCAGUUUGGAAACCAUCAGUGAUAGGCAAAUGAUGUCCUUAGGCAGCCUUACAAAAGUUUUGGGUUUUUUUUUUUUUUUUCCCACAGCACAGCAAUAUUGUGUGUGUUUUGGGAAUCACAUUGUUGAUGUGCAAAGAUUGUGAGAAGUACUGUAAAUGUAAUGGUAUAAUCUAAAGUGUAUUAAACUAUUUAAUAGGACUUCUCCCUGAAAACAGGAUAGUAAUAAAGGAAGAAUUCUUAAGGACUUUAAUGCCAAACAAAACCAAAAAGUAUAGUUUUCAAUUAUAAGCAGUUUGGAAGAAAACUAGGUGCUUUUCAAAAGAGUGACUUAGAAAACAGCAAUAUGAUAACUUUUGGAUCUAAUUCAGUACAAACUUAAAGUUUUUAUUCAUUGAGUAACUGGUGUAAACAAAAUAACUUGUUUUAAUGAGCACAUGCUGAGAAUAUGCUCAUAACAGAUAAAAUGUGGGCAAGAAAAAAACCUUAACACCUCUAUGCAUAAACUAUUAGUCAUAAUUGACUUGGAGUUGCUGCUAUUGUGUUUUCAUGUAGUCCUGAAAAACAUGUUGUUUUAGUAAUGGCUAUAUGAUAGAAGUUACCUUCCCCUAGGACAGACUAAUGAGCACAAUGGUAUUAAUUUUCUGUUGAAAAAUAUAUGCAAUAAUUGCUUCUCAUGGAUGAGAAAUUGUCUAAAUACUUUUGAAGCUUUUAUGUCCUCUAGCUGUAUCAGUGACUAGUUACAUCAGUAUGAAAUUUUGUGUACCUACGUAUGUACUACUUUCAGAACUGAUUUUUAUUAAGCCUGAUUUGAUGGUUUGACUUUAUAACAAAUGGUUUUUAAUUAAAGAAAAUGGUAGUCUGCUUUUUAAGCAUUAUGUGUCUUAUUAACUAGACUAAGUCUGCUGAGCUUUCAACAUGAACAGCCCUCUCAAAAUGUAUAUGCUUAGUGUGCCUUAGUCUUGGCUUCUCUGGAGGACUCUGAUGGCCCAUCAUGCAAAUGAUUUCUGGAUCCUGUGUGUUUUAAUGCUGUGGCCCAGUGAAGAAGCAAUAUAUCUUUACUUCAGACCUCUUCUCAUUGCUGUUCAAUUCUACCCUGAGAGCAGUUAUUCCUACAACCGCAGGUCUGAAUUCAGAACUUUGGGUUCCUUGGAAGCUGGUCAAUUCCAUUCCACUGAGGCUUAUACCAGCAAAGAAGGAGCUAUUUGUUAACAAUACUGAAUCUUUGAAUCCAAGGAUGUUACAUUUCCCAUUAAAAUCAGUGGGGGGUAUAAAGAUGUGUUUAAAA